UUUUUUUUUUUUUUUUGUGAGUUGAUCAGUGAUGGAUUUGGUUAGUCUUAUACAAAAGUACUAUUAUUACAUGUAUGUAUUUAUAUGCAAAGAUGAAGCUAUUCUAUCAUCUCAAUAUAAUUUCUCACCAUACACCUCUCUCUCUCUCUCUCUCUCUCUCUCUCUCUCUCUCCAAAUAGUCAUCGCAAGUAACCGAGUAUCCGUGACCUUGUCUCUGUAUAUCUCUUUCUACAGACAGCAGUCAUGGAGGAUGCUGUAAUUCUAUACCCAUCUCCGGCCAUCGGCCACCUUAUAUCCAUGGUAGAGCUUGGAAAGCUUAUACUUACCCACUCUCCUUCUCUCUCUAUCAUGAUCCUCGUCACUCCCCCACCAUACAAUGCCGGCUCCACUUCUCCUUACAUCAACCAUGUCUCCGCAACCACCAGUUCCAUCACCUUCCACCACCUCCCCGCCGUCUCUCUCCCUCCCAACAACUCUCCCCACCACGAAACCCUAGCCUUCGAACUCCUCCGCCUCAACAACCCUAACGUCCACCAAGCCAUCACAUCCAUCUCCAAGACUAGCACAGUUCGUGCCCUUAUCAUGGACUUCUUCUGCUAUCCAGGCCUCUCCGUUGCUGCAGAUUUUAACCUCCCUGCCUACUUCUUUUUCACUUCCGCUGCUUGUAGUCUUGCUGCUUUCCUUUACGCCCCCGUUAUGCAUCGGACCUUUACCAAGAGUUUUAAAGAUCUCAACACUAAUCUAGACAUUCCCGGUUUGCCACCGAUGCCCUCGGCUGACAUGCCGAAGCCGUUGCUCGACCGGAACGAUAAGGCCUAUGAGGCCUUCUUGAAUUCGUCAACCCACACGACGAAAUCAGCUGGGAUUAUUGUCAACACGUUUGAAUCGCUCGAGCCAAGAGCCAUCAAAGCAAUUUCGGCCGGUCUCUGUGUGCCGGACGAGGAACUUACCCCGCCACUUUAUUGUAUUGGACCACUGGUUGCAGCCAAUAAUCAGGCUGGCAGCGACGAUGGCAGCUCGAAUGAGUGUCUAACGUGGCUGGACUUGCAACCCAGUCGAAGUGUUGUGUUUCUCUGUUUUGGCAGUAUGGGGUUGUUUUCGGCAGAGCAAUUGACUGAAAUUGCUGUUGGGUUGGAGAGAAGUGGGCAGAGGUUCUUGUGGGUGGUUAGGAGCCCGCCAUCGGAGGACCAAAGCAAACGAUUCUCACCACCUGAGCCCGACUUGGACGUUUUACUCCCAAAAGGUUUCUUGGACCGGACGAAAGCGAGGGGGCUUGUGGUGAAGUUAUGGGCUCCCCAGGUGGCCGUGCUGAAUCACGCCUCGGUUGGUGGGUUUGUGACUCACUGUGGGUGGAACUCGGUGUUGGAAGCACUGUGCGCGGGGGUGCCGAUGGUGGCCUGGCCGCUCUACGCGGAGCAGAGGUUGAAUAGGGUGGUUAUGGUGGAUGAAAUGAAUCUGGCUCUGCCGAUGAAGGAUUCAAAAGACGGGUUUGUGACAGCGGACGAAGUGGAGAAGCGAGUUAGCGAGCUGAUGGACUCGCAAGAAGGGAAAUCGGUGAGGAUGCAAGUCUCGAAAAUGAAAGCCGCUGCAGAGGCAGCCAUGAGCGAAGGCGGGUCGUCUCGAGUUGCGUUGUCCAAAUUGGUAGAGUCAUGGACUCGAGGCUGAGACAAAUAGAGCAGAAUCAAUAAAACAGUUAUUUUGUGCCGGGUUGAAGCCCCUGUGGUAGAUGUAUUGUUACGGUAUUUGAAUAAAACUAAGGUUUUGAAAUACUACCCUCUGCAUGCAUAAUUUUGGUCUUUUAACUUGGAGAAGCAGUAAACGUUUUGGGUUCGUCGGCAAAGCAAGAAAGCACAAAUGGUUUGGGAAAUGAAUCUCAAAUGAGGCGUCUAAAUGGUUCAGAUUUCACCCCAGCAUGGAUGUUUGCUUGACGUUUUACUUUUUUUAUGUUCUGUAUUUUGAUUUUCUGUAUCCGAGGUUGUUUGAAUCAGUACUUGUUUUAUGUUAUGUAUUUGAUUUUCUGUAACUAAGGUUGUUUAAAUCAGCA